UGAUAUUUGGCGUGUCAUUUUGAUUGGAAUCAUCAAACUAAUAAAUUUCAUGUGUCAUAUGUUUCGAUGAAAAUGAUUCGAUAAUUUUAUGUGAACGAAUGGGAAACGAAACGAGUAUAUUGAAAAAGUGCAAUGUUUCAUGUAAGCCACGAUUUACGACUACAGAAUGGUCAUUAUUCGACGCUGAACAUGAGAAUCAAUCAUUCAGUGCCUUUAUUUUUAACAAUAAUGAUUUUUGUAAUGAUUUUACGAAAUGGAAACACGUGCGCCAUCCAUAUCUGGUCAAAUUUUAUGAAGCCGGUGUUUAUAAGAAUAAAAAAUACAUUCUAACCGAGUCAGUAAUACCGCUACGACAGAUAUUGGAUCAAUUUCAUCGAUUUUCUCGAUUAAGUGGCUUGUAUAAUAUUGGUGAUGCACUAGCAUUUCUGCAUCAAAUUUGUCACCUUUCAGUGAAUAAUCUAUCUGUCGAUUCUAUUUAUGUAUCGAAGAAUGAUCCUAAUGAAUUAUGGAAACUUGGCUCACUUUAUUGGUGCAGUACCAUACAUUCUGAUGAUAUAGAUUUCUAUCGAAAUCUUAUUUGUUUUCAUGAACAAAAUAAUACACUUCAGAUAUUACCACCAGAGAAUUGUGAUCGAAACAAACCAUUAUUGAUUCAAUCAUUGGCGGAUAUUCAUCGAAGAGAUGUUUAUUCAUUCAUAUUAUUAAUACAGGAGCUUUUCUACAAUCCAAAUGUACAACCAAAAUUAGCGGAAAUAUUAUCCGCCACUGAUAAAUCAAAUCAUAAUUUUGUGGCCAAAGCUUUAAUAGAUAAUUUCCAUCAAUGCAAUCCGGAUGAAAGACCAACCGUACAGACAAUUCUUGAUGAUCCAUUGUUCAAAAAUUGUCCAUUCGUUCAUCUACGACAAUUUCUCAGUAAUUUUAGCACUUAUAAUGAUAAGGAGAAAUUUGAUUUUCUUCAAGUUCUCGUCCAGAAUUUACGCCAAUUUCCCGAUCAAUCAUUGGUCGUCAGUAUAUUCACAAUGAUAGUUAGCUCAAGAUUUAUAAUGUCAAAUCGAUUAGUUUAUAAUCAUGUAAUGCCUUAUUUUCUCAUACCGUUACCAAGCAAUAAUCAACAAAAAAAUUCUAAUCACAACAACAAUAUUGAUCAGCAAUCGACUUCAACAGAAGUUAAUAGACUAUCAAAUGCAGAAAAUCGAUACACAUUAACCAAUGGCGAAAUGAUCACUUUGAGUCCAUUCAUUGAUGAACGAUUAUUUCGUGAUGGCAUCAUACCACAUAUAAUCAAACUGUAUUGUGUACAUGAUUACAAAAUACGUAUGCUACUUCUUAAAUAUCUUCCACAUUAUGGGUCAUACAUAUCUAAAACAUGUCUGAAGAAGAUUCUUUUGCCACAGAUUUUAUUGGGCAUCAAAGAUUCGGAUAAGGAACUGGUUGCAUUAACAUUUCGGGCAGUUGCCUCACUGAUCGAUCUGUUUGGUGUUCGCACCGUACUUGGUGGUUCUAAUCGAACCAGAUAUUUUACCUCAGGUGUUGCAAGUGACGAUGAAAAUCCCAUUGCAGCCAACGGUUCUAUGGCCAAACUUUUAGAUAACAAUUCUGAACGAAGAAAUUCAUGUAAUAGUACAAAAUCAUCCAGUCUUUUUGAUGAUGAUCGAAAAUUAGAUUCCGUUAUAUUUGAACGUAGUUCACCUGAUGGUGGUGAAACUAUCGGUGAAAUUCCAACAUCAUUGAAUGAGAAUAAUAAUGAUUCUGUGGUGAAUAAAUUCCCGUCAUCAAUUACGGCUAUCAAUUCAGAAUAUACAAGUGAUCAUGAUGAAUGGCCAGUAUGGGAGGAAAAUGGACAACCAUCGAAUACAAUCAAUAAGAAAGCCACAUCGAAAAAAAUGGAUUCCACCGUAAAAUUGAAGGAAAAAUUUCAGACAUUCGAUAUAAAGGAAAUCGAUUUCAAUCAAGUACAUUAUAGUAAAGAAAUUGAUAAUCUUUUUAUGGAUAUGGCACCCGUAUUGAAUUUUACCAAUCAUCAUUUGGAAACAAAAAUCGUUCCAUCAGCUGUCGAACAUGCCAUAAAUUCAGAUAUGAAUCUAGAUGGGCAUAAUUUACAAUCAAUUAAAAUUGAUUCAAGUAUUUUUGAUGAUAAAAAUGAUCUAAAUAUACAGGAUAUUGAAAACAGUGGCUGGAAUGAUAGUUUUGAUUGGAAUGAUCUCAAUGGAUCUGUUAUCGAUCAAACAGAUGUUGAUGUCAGACAAUCGGAUGCUUUGAGUGAAUGAAUCGAAUCUGUUUUUUAAUUUUAAUUGAAACAAUAAAUAAAAUUUAAAUUUAAAAUUUAUCAAA